GCGGCGGCGGCGGCGAGGUGCGCUGCCGCCCGGGAGCGGAGUCAAACGGGGCCCGAGAGAAACGCGAGGAGGCAGGGAGGGAAGGCCGGGACCGGGGCCGGGGCCGGGGCCGGGGUGGGGGAGCGUCCCGGGUCCCGCCCCGGAGCGCCCGCGUCGCCUCCGCGCCGGUACCGCGGCGGCAGAGUCACUCGGGGCGGCCGCGACGCGCCGGCCCCGCGCCCAUGUGCUCCGGGGAGCCGCGGCGGGGACCCCCGCUCCCAGCCUGGACCUUUGUCUUCAUGAUGGGAGAAAACAUGAUCAUGGCUGUUAAGAUCGAAGCUUCUCCCAGGGCAAGGAUUUAUCAAGGCUGAGAGACUCUGGAUUAUCCAUAAACCUUCUCUAAAAUACAUAGGCGUCUCCCUGUCUUCUCAUUGUGAGGGGUCUUGAGUACAGAUACCAAGAUGGCAUCCAGCCUCACCUGUGCUGGCGUGAUCUGGGCCUUCCUCUCCUUCCUUUGCGCUGCUGCCUCCUGCGUGGGGUUCUUCAUGCCCUACUGGCUCUUGGGGUCUCAGCUGGAGAAGUCUGUUUCCUUCGGCACUUUCCGGAGGUGUUCAUACCCAGUGCGGGACGAGAGCCUCCAGACGACCGUGAUGGUGGAGCAGUGUGGCCGCUACGCCUCCUUCCAGGCUAUCCCAAGUGCUGAGUGGAGGAUCUGCACCGUGGUGACAGGGCUGGGCUGCGGGCUGCUCCUCUUGGUGGCCCUGACGGCACUUAUGGGCUGCUGUGUGUCCGAGCUCAUCUCCAGAACCGUGGGCAGGGUAGCAGGAGGCAUCCAGUUCCUGGGGGGUUUGUUGAUUGGCUCUGGUUGCGCUCUCUAUCCUCUUGGCUGGGACAGUGAAGAAGUAAGACAAACCUGUGAUAACCUUUCUAACCAGUUUGAAUUGGGGACCUGCGAGAUCGGCUGGGCCUACUACUGCACGGGCGGCGGGGCGGCGGCGGCCAUGCUGAUCUGCACCUGGCUGGCCUGCUUCUCAGGCAAGAAGCAGAAGCAGUACCCGUACUGAGCGGGAGCCGGCCGCCGGGGCCGCCCGGCGUGGAGCGGCGGCGCCCACGGGACUCGCAAGUGCUCUAGCUCCUGCGGCGGGGGGCUGGUGGGGGGUGCGUGUGGGGAAGGGGCGAGCUGGGGGUGGAGGAGGAGGCCCCAGCCCUCCGGGGCCGCCCCUCGAAGAAGGCGACCUCCCCUGAGCCGGGGAAGCUCCGUCUCGGCGAGCGGCGAACCGCUGCCGCGAUGGAUCGGUGGGAGCAGGGCGGCGUCGGCGGGACGGGGCUGCUCCCCGCGCUGCCCUUCCGCGCGGCGCGCCGGAAAGCACACGCACGCUCGCACGCACGCUCGCACGCACGCACGCGCGCACGGACGUGGACCAUGGCACAAAACGAGCAGAGAGGAAAACGUCUCGGUGCGAUUCUUUCUCCCUCCACCCCACUUUCUCUUUUUCUUUCUUUUUUUUUUUUUUUUUUUAGAAAAAACUCCUUUCCAAUGGUUUAAGAUUCAGUGUUACGACACUUUUUAACCUGUACGUUAAACUUAAUACGGGGACCAAUAAGCCACUUUAUCAGUAUUUUGUAUAUGCUCUACACACUUUCCUCCCCAGACAUUUAGCCGCUGCUUAAUCAGCCCUAUAGGACUUUUAUUAAGCCUCUGUGUUAUCGGCAUUAUUACAAAAAUGCAACAUAAUUACUUGGCAUAUGUAGCCUUUGCCUAUAGUACUUUUAUGAAGUGCAGUAAAUGGACGUUUUUCUGUCCAUUGAAAAUACCACUUAUGGUACUGUAGAACUCUGUUGGUUAUGUAAGACUAACAGGAAACUUCUUCCAGACAUAGACUUUGUCGCUGUUAUGUUUAGCUCAUUGAUGUCGUAUUGUGCUGUACCAUGUUUAUUAUUCAAUAUUCAUUUUUGUAAAAAAAAAUAUAUAUAAAUGUGCUAUUUUAUGUUUGUAUUUGAAAAUCUCUGUAAAUAAAUUUUUCCUUGAUCAAUA